AUGACUGUCGACCCGCCAGAGCUUCUUGAGAAGCUAAACAUCAGCGAUGCUGGUCCAAAUGGAGGCGACAUCCCUGGUUCCACCUCCGCCGCAGCAAACGGAACUUCGAAGGAAGACGACGACUCGGACGACGAUGUCGCUGAAAAUACCCCAGCAAAUCGAUAUCGAACCACCAGCGAAGAAAAACGUCACCUCGACAACCUGAAUAGCGACUUCCUCUCUGAUUACCGUCAAGCAGCCGAAGCACAUCGUCAAGUUCGUCAGUGGGCGCAGAGAAACACCAAGCCGGGUCAAACGCUGCUGGAGAUUGUUAAUGGCAUCGAGGAUAGUGCGCGACGUCUGGUGGGUCAUGAUGGCUUAAGGGAAGGGGACUCUUUGAUAGCCGGUAUGGGAUUUCCCACUGGCCUGAACAUUGAUAAUAUUGUUGCCCAUUAUAGCCCCAAUGCCGGAUGUAAGACCGUACUUGCGCAGAACCAUGUACUCAAGGUCGAUAUUGGCAUUCAUGUAGGCGGUCGGAUUGUCGACAGUGCCUUCACAAUGGCGUUCGAUUCUAUGUAUGAUGACCUACUCGCUGCUGUCAAGGACGCAACGAACACUGGGGUGCGAGAGGCGGGCAUCGAUGUUCGGGUAGGAGAAUUAGGCGGCUACAUUCAGGAGGCGAUGGAAAGCUACGAAUGUGAAAUCAACGGCAAGACUCACCCGAUCAAAGCGAUUCGCAACCUGUGUGGCCACACAAUCCUGCCGUACUCCAUCCAUGGUACCAAGAGUGUCCCCAUUAUCAAGUCGAACGACAUGACAAAGAUGGAAGAAGGGGACGUCUUUGCGAUCGAAACGUUCGGCAGUACCGGUAGUGGCCGAUACUUUGAAGGAGGCGAGGUCUCCCAUUACGCCCUGCGCGGUGAUGCGAACAGAAAAGACUUGACUCUGUCUUCGGCCAGGUCACUUUUGACAGCGAUCAAGAAGAAUUUCAGCACGAUCCCUUUCUGCCGGCGAUAUUUGGACAGGAUUGGGCAAGAGAAGUAUCUCCUCGGUCUGAAUUACCUAGUAAAAUCCGGAAUUGUGGAAGACUACCCCCCUCUGAAUAAGAAGCAAGGGACAUACACGGCCCAGUUUGAACACACCAUUCUGCUUCGACCAACCGUCAAAGAGGUCAUCAGUCGUGGCGACGACUACUAG